AUGGCAGUGAAAGACAAAAGUGUGAGAGAGCUGGACAAAGCCAAAUCGUUGGCUCAUGUGCCAUGGUGUGACGAGUACGAGAAGAUGAUAUCAGGCAUGCUAUACGACGCCGGUGCUUCAGAGCUCGCGGUUGCCCGAUUCAAGGCGCGCAAAUGGACCAUGCACUACAACAGCUUUUUCCCCGAAGACGCACGAAAUGCCGAGGAGGUCUCCCAAGCGCGUCGGAAGCUUCUGGGCGGAAUCAUUGGCGAAAUCGAUGGAGACGAUAUUUGCAUCGAACCUCCAUUCUCGAUUGAUUACGGCUGCAGUAUCAAGUUUGGAAAACGGUUCUACGCUAACUUCAAUCUUUGUAUCCUGGAUUGCGCCAUAAUAACAAUUGGUGAUCGUGUCAUGCUGGGCCCCAAUGUGUCGAUAUUUGGAGCAACACAUGAGACCGACGUUCAAAGCCGACGUGAAGGUGUGGAGUUUGCAAGGCCUGUGACGAUAGGAGAUGAUUGCUGGAUCGGCGGACAUUCAGUUAUACUUCCCGGGGUCACAAUUGGAAAAGGCUGUACUGUUGCUGCAGGUUCCAUUGUGACAAAGGAUGUGCCUGACUGGAGUGUGGUAAUGGGUCAACCGGCCAAGGUGGUCAGAACGGUCCAAGCUAUAGACUAA